GGCGGAAGCCGGAAGCCGGCCUCGGGCCUCCCACUGCCUUGCGCGUGAACCCCGGAGGUGAAGGGAAGCACUUCUUACAACUCCUUCCGCACAGAAGCCGGGGGUACCCGCGCGGCGGGAACGAGUCCGCGAGGCGCACACCAGCGCCGGGCGCCGCCGAGCGGAACCCAGACGCCCGGGCGGAGUUCCCGCCGGAGCCGGCGCGGCGGGCGCGGCCUGGGCGCAUGCGCACGGCGCGGCCCUCCCGGCGCAGGUGCGGCGGCCGCCGGGCAGCCCCCGAACCCCGACCGGCUCCGGGUCCGCCCCGCGCCCGCCCGAGUCUCCUCAUCUUCGCGCCUCAAGCGAGACUCCGGAGCGCGUCGUCCCUGGUCUGUCUGGCAGCGAGGACCCCCCUCUUCCCAGGGCCCCCGGGACUGCGAGCAGAGUGGUCUUGGCCUUGGUGGAGACUGACCCAGGAACCAGAUGAGCAGAGACCUCUGCGUUCACACCUGGCCAUGCUCCUAUUAUUUGGAACUUGAGAAGCGAUGGGUUCCUGGAAAACUUUGGUUAACUUCACUCUCACUAAAAUUUCUGACUGAUAAAACUGGAGACUUUCUUGUCAGCUUUCCUCUUGCUGAUAUAAUUGAGAUCAAGAAAGAAGCUUCUAAUUUUAUCUUCAGUUCUGUCACCAUCCUGGAAAAGGACCAUGUCAAGCACUGGUUCAGUUCCUUGCAGCCUAGUAGGAAUGUUGUUUUCCAUAUCAUCGAACACUUCUGGAGAGAGUUGCUGCUGUCUCAGCCAGGAGCUGCUGUGGAGGCAUCAUCUUCCACCAUGACCAAGGGGAAGGAGCUGACUGGUCUCAUGGCAUGUUCCCAGAAGCGUCUAGAAGAUGCAGCCAGAGUCCUACACUACCAGGGUGAGCAGCUGGACAGCAUAACGAGCAGCCUGGACAAUAUGGAGUCUGACCUGGAUGUGGCUGACAGGUUGCUGAAAGAACUGGAAUCUCCUUCUUGGUGGCCCUUUAACUUCAAGCUUUGGAAGAUGCCAUCAGACACAAACUCCAGGGCAGGCUCCUCCAUGGCUAGUAACAAAGCUCUUGGAAAAGAAGGAAUAGUGAUCAGAAUUCCUGCUAUUAUUUCCCAGGGAACAGAAUCGCAAGUUAAACCAGGAAGGCUCACCAUCCUUGUUUCUGGGUUGGAAAUCCAUGGCCCAAAUUCUUUGCUGUUGCACAGAUUUGAAAGAGAGGAUGUAGAUGACAUUAAGGUUCACACCCAUUAUGAAGUCAGCAUCCGCCAGCGGUUCAUUGGGAAGCCAGACAUAGCUUUUCGUUUGAUAUCUGCCAAGAUGCCACAAGUUAUCCCCAUUUUGGAAAUGCAGUUCAGCAAGAAGAUCGAGUUUUUGGAAGAUGCCUUGAUGCUCAGAAGCACGGGAACCUCCUCCCCAGCAGAGAAGGGCUACUCAGUCUGGCAGGCAGCGUCCAGGCCCAUGGACUGCGACAGGCACCGAGAGGCCUCCUCAGGGAGCCAGGAGGGCAGGCUGCUUCAGCUACAGAUGAGCGAGCCACUCAUUUCUGAGGAGGACACCCAGGAACUCAGACAGAUCCUUGGGAAGCUGAAGGGUCUUGCCUUGGAUGCUGAGGCAGAGCUGGAGAGACAGGACGAGGCCCUGGAUGGCAUCGCCACUGCCGUGGACCGGGCAACCUUAACCAUUGACAAGCACAAUCGACGAAUGAAAAAACUGACUUAGAAGGACAGAGAGGGUAGAGGUGAGAGCUUUUGAUGAGAAUCGCAUCUCAGUAUGUUGUCCUCAACCCCUGCAUGCUGCCUUCCGGUGACGGUCACAGGAGGCCAUUCUCAGGGCCAGAGAAAACUUGUGGUCCUGCCUCCGAGGCCUACCUGCCUCAGGACAAAGGCUGCUGUGAAGGUUCUGGGCAGCCACUGAGGGAGGGGUCCUCUGCAGGCCCUGAAGGUGCAGCUGCAGGAGAGGAGUUCUGCCUGUGGACACAGCAAACGGCACCCCGCCAAGGCCCCUCGAGCUGCUGGCGCGUCAGGAGCACCCAUGCCAUCCAGCACGUGGCUGAGCCCUGGUGAGCCCUGCACAGCUGCGUGGUGGCUCUCCAUUCAGAGGCUGGUCUGCACCCAGCACUGAGGGACCCCUUUGCAUGGCUUUAUCCCAGGUCUCCAGCAUCACCAGUAGCUGCAUUAUUAGCCUUUCUCCACGCUUUUUGGGCAAAAAAGGAAGAUGUAAAGCCUCCGUGAAUAAAAUCUGCUUUUUUUCUCACUGUGGGUCUAAACACUGCAGGUGUACCUUGUAUCGGCACAGUCCCUCCUCCAGGACCGCAUUCCUGAGCCUGCUCCCCUCUGUGGGCCGCUAAGCGACCCACCACCCUCACUUGUUCCAUCUCUCUGGUGGGCAGGCCAGUUUCUUUUUGGUUGUAUUUUUAUUUUCUAACUGAAGCUGAGAGUCUAGCAUACCUUAAGUUCAUCAUAUACUAGUAAACUCCUGAAAUACUAUUUCACUGCCCAGUUUUUAGCCAAAGGUGAAAAUAGUAAAUAUUGCGCCUGUUUAAAAGGUUUUGAUUUUUGCUUUUACUGCCCCAUUUCUAUCCAGAAACAAAAGAAAAAUGUUAGUGUUAGGAUUUUUUGUGAAGAUACGCAUCGAUGCUGCUUUUUGCUUGGUUUGGAGUCCACGAGCGGGCCCCUUGGGGGAUGAGGGGAAAGUGGAGGAUCGUGCACCUCACACACCGCUUUGAAGAGCAUCCUGGGAGGCUGUCCACAGAGAGGCUCCUUAAAUCUUGAGUGUCUGCAGUGCCUGGGACGGCACCUUCAGGCCCUGUGCUGCUGUGUUCGGGUCCUGGGUGGGUUCAGGGAACUGCCCUGGGCAGUGCUAGAUUUCUGAGCUGACCUCAGCAAGUCCACACAGUAUACGGCAACAGGAGUGUGCUCUCCAGGUCUGGAGGCCAGAAGUACAAGGUCAGGGUGUUGCAGGGCUAUGCUCCCUCCUGGGGCACUUAGAUUCUUCCAGUAGCAGAAAAUCCUUCUUGAGUUGAUGACUCGAGGUCAAAACACAGAAACCUACCCAUUUAAACCCACUAACAGUCACCAAGCUGAGGCAAAAGCACCAAAAACCUUGACACUAAGAACUCACACAGCCCCUGCUCCCCACCCAAGUGCUCACUUCUACCUCCCACUGCUUCCCACCCCAGGUGCACUAACUCCCCCUUUCCUGGCCCCUCCACACCAGGUGCAUGAAUCUUUCUAGACACCCCCCUCCUUCCCACCCCCUCCACCUUGUAGCAAAAUUCCAAUUCCUUAGACUAACACAUCCAUGGCAAUGCAACUUCACCUUCAGUGCUCCCACUGCCAGUUCUCUGUCUUCAUCUUCACUGUCCUCCUCACCUGGUGCACUGUCUUCACCUUACACUUCCACCCUAGGGAAUUACAUGAGGGGAGUGGACCUUAGGAUGCUCAGAUGCUAGACCGGAGAAAGGAGGUCAGCAGGCAGCCUGGUGAUCUCUUGCAUCCAGGUAGCACGUGUCCUGAUGGCUCCCACCGAGUGGAUCAGAUCAUUAGACCCUCUGGAGCCACCAUCAUCAUCAUUCGUCGGCAUAGAGCAGGGUGUCUCCGGUCCUGCUUUCCCUCUCCCGAGUUGGAGCUUACCCACUGACACUGACGUCGGGCCUGUGUGCGGGGCUGAGCUCUCUACAUGCAUCAUUCCUGCACCAAAAUCUGUCUGCACUUUACCCUGUAUUUUGUCAGAUGGUUGUCAUCCUGUAAGGUGUUUGCAGUUCCUAAAACUUAAUGUGGACUCAUUUACUCUCUAUGAAGGUAGACACAGUGCAAGUCCUUCGAAUGCAACUAAAUGAAACGGCUCUGACAUUUCAUCCACAAAGGCAGAUCUCUGCCCUGCUGUUGUUGCUCGGUGAUUGAGCGUCAACCCAUGAACCAAGAGGUCACAGUUUGAUUCCUGGUCAGGGAACAUGCCUAGAUUGCAGGCUCAGGGAUGUCCAGGAGGAAGCUAGUCAAUGAUGUUUCUCUCUCAUCCAUGUUUCUCUCUAUCCCUUCUCCUUCUUCUCUAUCCUCUCCUUCUUUUCUCUCUAAAAAUCAAUAAAAAAAGGGGGACGAUUCUUUUGUUAGCUGAGGGCAGGGGUCAGCAGACUUUCUGUAAAAGUACAGGAAGAAACUGCUUCAUCUUUUGAGCCAUUUUGGUGCCUGUCACGACAUCUUAGGUCUCCUGUUUAUGUGAAGAUGACCUGGACUUGUGAGCAAUGGUUAUGCUGGUUUCAAUAAAACUACCUUGGAAAUAGGAA